CCCUGCAGGACUCCAGCAUCUGUCCAUCUCAUCAGCAAGUUAUUUCAUCCAGUAGGACAAGUGGUUUUCUCUCAGUGGUUAAAUGUACAGCUGCGGGUUAAAUAAUUUCACUUUUAUCCUUAUAUGACUCCCAUCAGUCAUCGCUUCCUCAGACUAGAGGGAGAUUUUCUUUCCCUUUUGUCAGUUUUGAAAUUUAAAGUGUAUUAUUUUGACAGUUUUGUCGGUAGAUUUGAGUUAAAGUCAAAAACCUUUGACAUUUUAAGAAAGUUCUGUAAACAAGUCACAGCAGACUACUGCGUUAACCUCGAGCUGUUAAAACAGGACAUUUGUAGAUGUCACCUUUUGUGUGUGUGUGUGCGUGUGUGUGUGUGUGUGUGUGUGUGUGUGAGUGUGUGUGUGUGUGUGUGCGUGUGUGCGGUGCCUGUGCUGACUUCCACCCCAUCACUGAUCUAAUCAGUGCUGCUGGAGAUGGAGGGUCACACAUUUUAACAGCCUAAUCACACACAAAGGUCACUUGCAGUAGGAAAUCCCCACUUAAUGACAUUACAUGUGCAAUACACACACAUACACGUAGAAUAAUCCUGUAUGCAUCUGAAGCACGAUAACUUAUACUCUAAUCAGAGAGUGUGUGCUGUGCAUUUGUGGGUUCAGGAGUAAGUUUAUAGGUUGUAGUUAAUGUAUCAGAGACGUCUUUAGUUCAGGUUUUAAGAAGCAGACAAAGCAGUGUGGUAUUUACAGACUCACAGGAGGGUAGAGCCCAGUAUGUCAUGCUGCUGGUGGCAGCUUUAUGAGGCGAGCGGUAAAGUGGGGGGGCAGUUAAGUCUGAUGGUGCAGGCACAGGAAAGGUCACGGUGAUGGAUAGAGCAUCUUCAUCCUGCAACAGUCCCUGCAGGAUUCAGCGCAGCAGAAGGAGGCGGCGAAAGCUGAGCUGCAGAUCACAGGAAAACCGGUGACCCGGAUAAGUGUGACAUCUGGGGGAACACACCACUUCACCUGGCAGCUGCCAACGGCCACCACAACUGCCUGUCCUUCCUGGUGGCUUUCGGUGCCAACGUGUGGUGUCUGGACAAUGACUACCACACACCGCUGGACAUGGCCGCCACCAAGGGCCACAUGGACUGUGUUCGCUACUUGGACUCCAUCGCUGCCAAGCAGAUCACCCUCAACCCAAAACUGGUCGGCAAACUCAAGGACCGGGCUUUCCGCGGUGCCGAGCGCCGGAUCAAAGAGUGCGCAAAGCUCCAGAAGAAGCACCGAGAACGCAUGGAGAGGAAGUUUAUGAAGGAGUCGGUGGCUUUAGACAACCUGGAUGCUAUUAGCUUUUCCAGCUACACCAGCAGCAGCACACUGAGUCGCAAGUUCAACACUGUGACCUCCAACAUGCCAUACUCGCAGGCCACUCUGCACUCCACAGCCAAGGGCAAGGCCAAGAUACAGAAGAAGCUGGAGAAGAAGAAGCAGGUUGAUGGAACGUUCAAGAUCUAUGAGGACGGGAGGAAAAGUGUGCGCUCGCUAUCCGGCCUGCAGCUCAGCAACGAUGUCAUGUUCCUUAAACAGGGCACCUACGCCAACCCAAAAGAGAGGUCACGCCUGAACAUACGUGACAUGUUCCCCCGUGACAACGAUGAUGAUGCCGACACCGUGUCCCGUGCCAUGAGCGACCCGGGCCUCCACGAGGCUGCGUAUUCAGAGAUCAGCGCUGACUCCGGUCGCGAUUCCCUGUUCACCCGACCCGGGCUUGGCACCAUGGUGUUCAGGAGAAACUACAUGAGCGGGGGCAUGUUCGGGAUCGGGGCACGGGAUGAGGGGAGUGUCGCAGGGAGCGAACCGGUGGGCCGGGCACCUAAUGUUCGUCUACGUGGACAUCUGCCUCGGCGCUCACCCAGUUUUGAUGAGGACAGUAUCGGUAGCGCCUUGAGCCUGCAAGAAAGAAACCUGCAGGAGUUACCUUGGGAGGAGGCUGACGUCGGACUGGACGAGGACAUGGAACCGGAGAACAGUCCUCUCGAGACCUUCCUGGCCUCGCAGAGCCUCAGUGAGUUCAUGCCGAUCUUCAGAAGGGAGAAGAUUGACCUGGAGGCUCUGUUGCUUUGCUCAGAUCAGGACCUCUCCAGCAUUCACAUCCCUUUGGGCCCCAGGAAAAAACUGCUGGAUGCCUGCAAGAGACGCCUGGACACCCUAGAUGAACCGGAGGCCGUUGAGGACACUGAGCUUUGAAGGAUACAGGAAGCUGUUAUGGAUAUUUGACGCUGGUUCCAUGCAGUGUUAUCACUCUCCAGUACAGUCAGCUGAGGCAUCAUGGACUCCUGGCAUCUGAUAGAAACUUUGAGAAGAAUUAAUAAAGAUUUUAUGGGAAAACUUUGCCACAUUCACAUUUACAUAGUAGUGAAUAUAUCUAAAACCUCCUAAUGUGUUUAUCAUGUCUUCAUUGUACAGUUUUCUUACUUUGAAUAUGUUGAUUUGCUCCGUGGCACAUACACAGUGGUGACUGUACAUUUAUGAUGAGAACGGCCACUGACUGAAAGUUGCUCUGCAAACACUGUUGCAAUAGGAGAAACUAUGGUAUGUUACUGUGAGGUUAUGUGAGUGUGUGCUAGAUAACACUGUUAUCUGGGGUUUCUGUUUGGCUUCACUGAAGGCCUGUCUGUCUGUCUGUCUGUCUGUCUGUCCGUCUGUCUGUCUGUCUGUCUGUGCACUUGAGAGUGUGGCUGUGCAUGAAUGUACAUUUUUAUGUUGGAAUAAAAUCUGUUUUUGUAAUAUUCAUCAGAGGAUGUAUCCACACACGAUUAUCUUUUAUUAAAAU